ACUCGUUUGAAAUAAACGACCAUUUUUGAUUGGUUUUUUGAUCUAUUUGGUUGAAAGAAUUGAAAUUAUGGCGCGUAGCGGUGGAAACACUAACGAAAUGCCAAGUGAAAAUAAAUUGGACGUUUUGUACCGAAUGCUACAAAAUCCUAAGACGUCACCAGCCUCCAUAGCUUAUCAUUUUUCGGAAAUAUGGAACAGCAGAUAUGAAGUGUGGGCAGACCUUGCCAUUAGAGAGUUGAAACAUUUCCUCAAUGGGUCAGCUUUACCCGUCAAGAGGAACCAUUCAAUAGCGAACAAUUCAGGAGAGGACGAAGCUGUAUAUACAACUUUAACGGAUGCCUAUGUAGCCGACAGUACGGGCUAUCGUUUUCCUUCUCCAGUUGACCGUCUAGCUCAUUCUCUAGGUCUAACUCAAAGCCAUUUUUUAAAUGUUCCCUUUCCUCCGGCUUUGAUUCAGAGUCGAAACGAGCUUAUAGACCUUUCCAAUACUUCUGCUGAAGAAACAGCUUCAAUUUCACUUAUAGGAGGUAGACUAUACAGCACGGAGGCGUGUAAAGUGCUGAGUCAAACUAUUUCAUUUUUCGAGGAUAGGGAAAAGGAUAGAAUGCUGCUGAAUAGGAAUAAUUGUCGUAAUUAUAUACCUUAAAAAGAAAAAUAGGCUGAUGGAACGUUAAAAGUUUUUUUUUUGUUCUGUUAUGUCUAUUGUAACGACGAUAGUUGAAAAAAAAAUCUGAUUAGCUGAAUUGUGAAUUUGUUUUUUUUUCUUAAAAAGAAUAAAACAAGAAGGAAACACAAAGCUUUUAAAAA